CAAAUUUUCCCACUUCUAAACAUUUUUAAAAAAUAACUGUAAAUCGUAAAUAAAAAUAUCAGUCAUCAGCUAACUGUAAACGUAAUUAUGGAAAGUUUCUCUUUUCUCUCCUCGCUCCUGAAUUCUAACCUAUUUGGUUCAGAAUACAUGUUUUGAUCAAUCAAUAUGGACGUUUCUUUUCUAAAGAUUAUUUUUGCCUUUAUGGCAUUUUCAAUCGUCAUUUUAAGUGUUCUAAUUAAUUUAAUUGAAUCUAAAUUACCGGUGUCUAUAGUGCAAACAUUCAGGUAUGGUAAAUUUUCAAGUGAAAAGAAACAUUUCUUGGUCAACUACUUGGAAGUACCGAAACAUUGGUUCAAACACUUUUACGUAUUUGCUGCUGUGUGGUCGACACUUGGAUUUGUGUUAGUUAUACUAGCUUUUGUAUUCAAAGUGCCUAUUCCUGAAUUCAUAACACAUUUUCUGAACAUGGUAGCAUUAAAGAAUCGACGCACGUCAUACAAUGCAACUACUACUACUGUUGUCAUGUUUUGUAUGCUAAUCCAGUGUUGGAAGCGUUUUUAUGAAACUCAUUACCUAAGUAUUUUUUCAAAUUCAAAAAUUAACAUCUCUCAUUACGCUAUUGGUUAUAUACACUACUUUGGUUGUAUAGCCGCCAUAUUAGCUGAAGCGCCAUCACCUUUCACCACACUUUCUGUUGAUCAUCAGUCAUACUUCUUAAUUAAUGAUAUAAAUAUUAGACUGAUCAUUGGAUUUAUUAUCUUUCUGUGGGCUUUCCAACAACAGUAUUUGGCAAAUGUAAAUUUGGUCAAUUUGAGGACAAAUAAAGAAGGAAAAGUUAUAACAUAUGAACACAAAAUUCCAACUGGUGGUUUAUUUGAUAAAAUAUCUUGUCCUCAUUUGUUUUGUGAAAUGCUUAUGUAUAUGGCCAUAUACAUCAUGCUCUGGGGAAGUCAGAUUUGGCCAUACAUAUUUUUUUGGGUGUUGAGUAAUCAAUGUGAAUCUGCAAUGCUUAAUCAUUGGUGGUAUCAAUCAAAAUUCAAAAUGUACCCUAAAGAAAGAUAUGCUUUUAUUCCAUACAUAUUAUAAUUGGAACGGUAGAACUAUUUUACCACUACUAUUACUACUACUUGUUUCAAGUGAAAUAUCCAAGAGAUUUAGGAAUUCAAACUAUUGUCAUUCCUGAAUUGAAUUAUUAAUAUUAGUUAUAAUUUGUUAUAAUUCAUCCAUUUAUAAUAUUUAUAUAACAAGAAAAUCAUUUUUACAAUGACAAAAUGUUAAAUAAAAAUUGUCAAAAUUAUUCUUUUUUUUAUCUUCAUUAGGAAUUUGUUUUAUGGUGCUACUAAUUGUACUGUUAUUACAUUUGUUAUCUAUCGUUAUCACUUAAAUUUGUAAUUUGUUCAAUUUAAUUUGAUUUUUAAAUGGUUGUUAUUUAAAUACCAUUAGGGUACAUUAUUAUUGCUCAAAAUAUAUUAUUUUUAU